CUUUCGUCGCCUCUUGCUCGGUUCAGGUUUCCUCGCGCGUGGGGCGCCUCCUUUAGCGUUCAAGGAUCAGCCCCACUCCCUUGCAGGGAUUCUAAAGUCCUCUAUAAAAUGCUUGGCAAGCAUAAAAUAAGGAAACUAUUGUACAUGGUGCCUGGAAAGCAGCGCUUUGGUGUGUACAGAUUUCUCCCUUUCUUCUUCAUCCUUGGAGGUGCUAUGGAAUGGUUUAUGAUAAACAUCCGACUUGGCCAAGAGACUUUUUAUGAUGUUUACCGUAGAAAGCGGUCUGAGAGGCAGCAUGAGCAGAACUUGGAAAGAAGAUGAAUUUCACCCUGAAUAGUUUGUAUGAAAUGAAUUCUGAACAUCUAAAACCUUUGAGCACUGUGUCUAGUCCCAUGGAAUGUAUAUUUUUGCUACCCAGUUUAGGGGCAGAAAAUGCUAUUGCUGUAUCUUGGUGUACCAGAGCUACCCAGGAAGAGGAAAGUCAGCUGUUUAUACCAUAUUCCAAAAGCAGUAAUUCAUGAUUGACCCAUUUCUUCAUUUUUUAAAAUUCAUCAUUGUUAUACUGCUUCUAUUAUUAAUUUAAGGGAAUACCUUUGCUAUAACAUUGGGCUGGUUUCAAUGUAAUGCAAAAGGCAGAGGGGUGGGUAGGUGGGGAGCAUUUGACCCUGAUACUUGCUACAGCUCAUUCUCGUAAUGGAAAAUCAUUGUCUCAAGAAAGAUUAUAGCUAAACAGAAUUUUCACACAUAUACAUAACAAUGAUCCAGGACAAACAUGGGAAUACGUUAUAGCUUCCUGCUGUGAUUGACUGCAGCUCCCCAUUGCAGAUGGACAUGUACAACAAAUGCAAUUAAUUGAAGAAUGCUGCUGCAAUGUGGAUUAUUGUUUACAGCGGAAAAAGGAUUUCAGAUACGAAACAGCAGGACACUGUUUCGAAUAGCUUCGACGUCCACUGUGUGCUUUGCACUCCAGAAGAGGAAAAUGUACACAGAGAUUAGCACUAUCCUUUUGUCUGUCAGCAAACUAUUUCAAAGGCUUAUACUGUUGCAUUUUUGCUUUCCACAAUACGAUAAACAUUGUUACUGCCCCAAGUCUUUAACAGCGCCUUCGGUUAUGCUUUCAUAUGUUUCAGAGAGACAUUACAAGUGAACUGACUAUGUUAAAGGAGCUCAGUGGUAGGGUACAUGUUUUGCACACAGAAGGUUCCAGGUUCAGUCCCUACUAGGUUGGAAAUCCCAGCGAGCUGCUGCUUGACAGACAAUACUGAGCUAGAUGGAUAAAUGACCCAGUAUAAAGUAGUUUCCCCCCCUUUCCCUCCUAUUAUCAGGCAGUUCCUCCCCCCCCCCCAUUUCAGCCUCCUUCCAAUUGUUCUAAACUGGUGCCAUCUCAAGGCAAGCAGAAAGUAGUUAACCUUUUAGUCUUUAAAGGAAUGAAAUUGUAUUGUAUUCUUAAUUAUUUUAGAAAUCACUUCACUUUUAAUUUUUAGCCAGACCAAUAUAAUGCAGCAGCUACUCAUCCCUUAAUCCCACCAUACAUGUCAUUCAUCCAAAGAAAACUUAUCUUGUGCUCACUCAGAUUUAUAGUCCCUUGUGAACUCUGCAUCAUCUAAUCAGUAAAAAGAAUGUUGGGGAUGUAGCAUGCCCCUUCUUGUAUGUUACAAUUAGAUAUCACAUAAGGGUGUGUGUGUUUUUUACAAGAAGAGACCAAUUAGAAUUUGCCAUUUCAGCCAUGUUGUAAAUCUUCCAGUAUUGAGCUAAGGCUAUUCCAAACGGGUGAGAAAAGUAAUAGUUACAGUAUAAGAAUUUUAUUGCUUUAUCGUAUAAAUACUGGGCCAGUCUGGACACCAUUGCUUCUUGUGACAAACAAGUGUGUGCAAGCCUCAGAAUUCCCUCUCUAUUCCAAUACAGUUGUGAGUAGAUCAGAAGCUUUGGCUCACAUUUUUUUAUUAACAAGCUUGUUUUGUGUGAACCCACCAAACUCUGGUUAAUCCUAACUAUGGUUUGUUUGAAACAAGCCACGUUCAAACCAUAGGUUAAGAAGCUGAUUUGUUUUCCUAAACCAUAGUUAAUGUUAACCACAGUUUGUCAGGUUUGGACAUAAUGCUAAACUGUAAUUAAUAAAAAAACAGAAGCGAAAACAUCGGAGAUCCUCAUGGCCACACCAGAAGAAAGAGGGUGUGGAGAGUGUACAAACCUGAGACUUGCUGUGGCUUGUUCCUGUUAUGAUAAACCAUGCACCACACAUGUUCAGGUCACUUGCAUUGUGAUUUCUUUCCAGAACAUGUUGAGGUUUGCAGGGAAGCUACCUGAAACUGAAAAUAAGACAUCUCAAUGGAACAAUCAAACCUGGUUAAUCCAAAUUUCAAACUAUUUUUAUUCAAAUUAAAAAAGCCUCAGAAAAACAAACUGAUAGUACAUGCACAUUGACUAGUUAUCACUUUACUCAUUGGAGUAUACAACCAGAAGUAAAAAUGAGGCAUGGAUUAACCAGGUCCAAAAUCAUAAAUGGUGAAAAGUUAUAAACAUCAACUUGAAUUAUUACACACAUUUGCUCUUUAAGAAGAAAGUGGGGAAGAAGGAAUAUGAGAUAAACUGCUAAUCACUUUCUAACUGGUUUACUGCAACAGUUGUAUUCUUCCAUUUACUCAAGCCAGCCAUUUCCCAUACUUUUAUUUGAAUAUCCAUUUCCCAUGCUUUUAUUUGAAUAUCCAAAGUUCUUUUAUUCUAGUACAGUAUGUGGCUGUGGAAAACAAUGGGUUCAAAUGGCCACAAAUAAGACAUGGUUUGUUCUCCUGUUCAACAAUUUAAGAGUUAGAAAACAGUUCAGUCAGCUGGUUGUGCAAUACUGGAUUGUAGCCAUCAAAACUUAAAACCUACAUGUUAUUGAAAUGCCCCCAGUACACAGAGACAUGAUUUUGGAAUAAAUUAAAUUUAAAAUAAUUAGGGCCAGCCUAAUGAUCUAGGAGGAGUGCUCUGCACUGCCAUAGAAAAGGCCUCAUUUACAGUUCUAAUUGUUUACUCCUGGGCUAUUGGGAAUGGUGAAGCUACCUUCAGCUUAAAUGUUUGGAAAAGUCAAUGCUGCAGGUUAUUCAACACUGAUCCUUCUGAAUUAAACAGCAUCCAAAGUGUGUCUCAUCCUGUUCUU